CUGCUGUCUUAUACACUGUGUUCAGUUAUCCUCUGGUGCAAUACAACAAUGCUUUAGAUAACGGAAACCUUUUUAAUCCAGAGGAUCCUUUUCAAAGACAUUUGAAAUAUGAUAACCUCCAACCUUUCCUCGCGUAUCGGAUUUCCUUAGUAAUGCACAAUAUAUACACUGUGGCUGAACCUCGGAAUUUAUUAUUUAUACCGGAAUAAGAACAGACGAAGGAGUGCCUGAUCCAGUGCCCACCCCUAGUGCUGUGGGGUCUGGGGUAACAUGUAUUGAUGUGUUUUGGAGUGGUCCAGACAAUCUUCGUGGAUCAAUUGACAAUAAAGCUUACUUCCUUACUUAUAGAGGAGGCUCAUUUGAUGUAUCUGUAGAUGUUGGAACUAAUAUGUCUUUAUCAUUGAAUGAUCUUACUCCUGACGUGGAAUACAUGAUUGAGGUGAAGGUAUCCAAUGGAGUUUUAAACAGCAGUAUUAUAGCAGUGGAUGCCUCGUCAUGGCCAAGAGCUCCUUCCCCAGAAUAUGUGCAGCGUACCAACACAUCAAUGACUCUUACACUUGAAUUGGAAGAUGUACAUGUCAACAUAUCUUCAGUUUUCAUUCAGGCCAUUACAGCUGAGGAUGAUGGCGUAAAUCGCAGCAGCUCUGAACAAGUUGUAAAUGGUACUCUUCCAAUGAUAUUGAACUUCACCCUAUCUUCUUUGUCAGCAUACACAUAUUACAAUGUCAGAGCAGUUGCUACAUAUGUCUUAUCAAAUGUAAUACAAUCAGUAUGCUGGACAUCCUAAGAUGAUCUGACUGAACCUGGUGUACCUGACUCGAUCCGGCAGAGUUGAAAUUGAACAUGGAUAGCUUCUUGGAUGCAGUUAAUCCAAGAACUGAUAAUCCUAGAAUCUCAUACUUCUUGAAGUAAUGGAGUUGAUGAUGAAGAAAUUGCUGUGACUAAAGAUGUGGGAAAUACACGCAAUGCAAAUCUGAACGACUUCAAUUUAGAAGUUGUCAAACUAUAACGUUUGUGUCCUGCAAUGAAUAACAUUGGGAACGCAAACCAAGCUGUGUUCUCUACCACAUAUGAUGAGCCAACCCAGAUUCUGGGCCAGGUGUCUUUUCCAGUGGUGAAUAUCUGCAAUUGGUCUGAGUUGGUGUUGUGUGUAUACUGCUGCUACUUAUUGCUAGUCUCAUGUUUACUUGGUGUGCAGAAGAAAGAACAGGUCAUUGACAAGGUCUGUUUUCACUCAUGGCCCUGACUGGAACUAAAAAAUAUACAUGCGUCAGUGUUCUCAUCAACCACUACAGACAAUAAUGAAGCCUGUGCAAACCCACUUCAGAGCCGCCUUCAGCUACAGUACAGGAACUUAAGGAAGAACUCAGCAAAGAGAAACAUGCUUUUUCCUAGCAGCCAGCUGCAGCUCACCAAAGUUGUCGGUCAAGGAGAGUUCGGCUUGGUGUAUCGUGGGUAUAUUAAAACAACCAACGAACUCGUUGCUGUCAAAACAGGAAAAGCUCUACUUGAAGAAAAUCACAAAAAAGGACUACUGAAAGAAGUCUCGCUAAUGCUAAACUUUAGCCACCCAAAUGUGAUGAGACUCAUUGGACUGUCAUUUGAGGGAGAGGUGCCUCUGAUCAUUAUGCCAUUCAUGAGAAAGGGCAAUGUUCUACAGCAUGUAAGAGAGAACAGACAGAGGCUCUAUUUCACAGAGAACAGUAAUCAAAAUGAGGUUGAAGCUGCUAGGAAGACCAGUCUUGAGAUGUGCUACCAGAUAUCAAAGGGAAUGUCAUAUCUUGCGAAGUUCAAGUUUGUUCAUCGCGACCUUGCUGCCAGGAACUGCAUGAUUGAUGAAAAUGGUAGAAUAAAGGUGUCAGAUUUUGGACUGACAGAGGACAUCUACAGAUCCAACUACUACCGUCCAGAUAGUGAGACUGUGACAGAGGAGAAGGUUCCCAUUAAGUGGAUGGCUCCAGAGAGCAUUGAAAGUCAUGUGUUUAAUGAGAGCACUGAUGUAGUGAGUUAUAAACCAUGAAUGUUGCCUUUAUUAACAGCCUAAAAGACAUUGUAUUGGAGCCCAUUAGUCAUUCAUAAGUAACAUCAUUGCGCAAUAAUUAUUAUCAUGUGCUUGUCGACUGAAGAAC